AUGGAAACAGAGACUAAUGUAUACGACGAAGUCGAGAUCGAAGAUAUGAACUAUGAAGAAGAUGCCCAGAGGUACACGUACAAUUGCCCGUGUGGGGACCUAUUCGUUCUCACAGUCGCAGAAAUGCGGCGUGGGGAACAGAUUGCCAAGUGCCCGUCGUGCUCGCUUCGCAUCCGGGUCAUCUAUGACGUAGAGGCGUGGUGUCCCAGCAGAGCGGUUCCGGUCUGUGCACCAGCCGCUACGCGGGUAUAG